CACGCUUUACUACAACACCGUUGAAAAUGGCGGAUAACGAAGGAUUUCAAGAGGAAACUCAGCAAAACCGUGAAGAAAGGAGACAAAUUAGAUUAAGAUACAGGAAUUUAAUUGACGAGCUUCAAGAGAAUCGUGAAGAAUUGAUCAACCCAGAAUCAAAUGAGCUCAGUGAAAGACUCAGAGAAGCUGAUGAAUUGUUUAAACCAGUUAAAUGUGCUCGGGAGGUUGCGCUGGACUCUCAAGCCAUGUCGAUGAUUGCCAACAUUGGGCGCAUGAAAGCUCAGGCAUUACAUACAGAGUUUGUGAGAUUUCAGCCUACAGAAUUUGCUAGUAAAUUAAUUAAUUUUGUUGGUGGACAGACUGCAUCCCAGUCAGAAAGUGCAAGAAUAUCUGCAUUAGGUUGGGCAAGGUUAGGUAAAGCCACUCAGCCAUUCUUUAAACGAGCACCUACCUUCCAGUAUAUGCUUGGGUCAUUUGAGAGAGGACCUAAACCUGUGAAGGAAAGACAACAGAGGGCUCCAAAAGAAAAAGACAACAUUGUUGGGAAAGAAACUGUGCCUCAACAGCUGAAGGAUUUUAAGACAACAGAUCAGAGCGAGGCAACAACAGAAGAAGUAGAGAGGGUUUUACAAAUACUGAGAGAUCUAUACCAACAGAUGGGUGAUGGGAAAGACCCUCUGAGUUAUUUUGAUUUUGUGUUAAAUCCAGACUCAUUUGGUCGCACUGUUGAGAAUAUCUUCCAUGUUUCUUUCCUUAUCAGAGAUGGUUUAGCCAAGAUGGUCAUAGAUAAUGAAGGAUUGCCCACCAUAUACCCAGUUGACCAAGCUGAGGCACAGAAAAAUAAGGAGAAAGGUAGUCAGAGACGUCAUCAGACUGUCAUGUCAAUCACACCUGGAGACUGGAAGGAACUUGUGAAAAUUUUUAAAAAAUUGAGGAAAGCUGCAAUUCCACCUCGAGAAAGCCAAGAAAAUGGAGCACAGAAUGGUCAUGGUGAUUGA